GCACGCUGGGCUCGUUCAUAGACUGAGAGGGGAGGACGAGCAUCUCUUAUCUACAGACAGGAUCAUCACUGCAUCACUGCCCGAUCCGCUACUAAAAGCAAUGGAUGUGCAAUCGUCAUGUCGUGCCACCGUCAGAUAACGUGCUAUGGUCGUUGUUAGAGAUGAAUGUAUGUUGAGAAGGUGUUUCGCUGGGCCAGAGGUACGGCUAAAGCCGAGUAGCAAGUGGCGUUAGCUAGCUCCUGGAGGAGGACCCAUUCUUGCACACCACAGACUGCAAUGAUUGGACGCUGCCUGCCUCGAUCAGCCAACUCAUAGAACUGCUGAGUUUCACUGGACGACUGCCCACUUGAAAGCUGAUUGGUGCCACGGUUGCCAUGACUUAAAGACACGCCUGAAACAGAUAUGGAGAAAAAGAAAUGUCCCCGCCUCUUGGACUACCUGGUAGUAGUUGGAGCCAGGCAGCCCAGCAGUGACAGUGUGGCACAAACACCUCAGCUGCUCAGGCGCUACCCGCUAGAGGACCACAAUGAGUUAGCGCUGCCGCCUGAUGUUGUCUUCUUCUGCCAGCCUGAGGGCUGCCUGAGCAUCCGCCAGCGCCGGGUCAGCCUCCGCGAUGACACUUCAUUCGUUUUCACCCUCACUGACAAAGACUCGGGCAUCACGCGCUAUGGAAUCUGUCUCAACUUUUAUCGCUCUUUCCAGAAGGGACAUCACCGCCCACGGGCCGAGGGAAGAGGAGACAAACCCCCUCAUACAAACCCUGCAGUUGAAGCUACAGAAAAAUCUGACCCCACCACAUUGACUCUCCCCGGGGAAUCCACAGGAGAUGGGACUUUGCCACCGGGCGAGAUCGGCAGCGGCGGAAAGUCUCCUCGGUCCAAACGUAGUGCCCGAGUGGCACCUCAGAACCGGAACAGCACGUUAACGUCUCUGUGUAUUUUGAGCCACUACCCUUUCUUCUCUACGUUCAGGGAAUGUCUGUACAUCCUCAAGCGCAUGGUGGACUGCUGUAGCCAGCGACUCAACCAGAGACUUGGAGCCGGCAAAGCCACACAACGGGACACGAUGUGGCGUGUGUUUACAGGCGCUCUGUCUGUAGAAGAAAAGGAGAAAGGCAGUCUGGUUUUACAGGACCUGAGGGAGAUCGAGUCAUGGGUGUAUCGGCUGCUGCGCUCCCCGGUUCCUGUUGCUGGUCUGCGGCGUGUUGAUGUGGAAGUGCUCCCCCACGACCUACAGCCUGCGCUGUCCUUUGCCCUUCCUGACCCGUCCCGAUUCAGCAUUGUAGACUUCCCUCUCCACCUGCCCCUGGAGCUGCUAGGAGUUGAUGCUUGUCUGCAAGUCUUAGCCUGCAUUCUCCUGGAACACAAGGUAGUACUGCAGUCCAGGGAUUACAACGCUCUUUCUAUGAGUGUUAUGGCAUUUGUGUCUAUGAUUUAUCCCCUUGAGUACAUGUUUCCUGUCAUUCCACUGUUGCCCACCUGCAUGGCCUCCGCAGAACAGCUUUUGCUAGCGCCCACUCCUUAUGUCAUUGGCGUGCCUGCCAGUUUCUUUCUCUACAAGUCUGACUUUAAGAUGCCCGAUGACGUUUGGUUAGUGGAUCUGGACAGCAACAGGGUCAUCGCUCCUACCAAUGCAGAAACUCUCCCUCCUCUGCCUGAACCUGAGAGCUCUGAGCUGAAGAAACACUUGAAACAGUGUCUGGUAAGGUUGACUGUGAUCACCCAAAAGCAGAUCUUCGCCUCCGAUAACAAGGCUCUGGCUAGCAUGAGUCUGAACACUCAGCCCAUUCUGAACCUGGAGAAGUUUCAGGAGGGGCAGGAGCUGUCUCUGUUACCCCCUGGCCGUGACAAAGCUUCACCUUCCUCCACCGAGUUUAACCCACUCAUCUACGGCAAUGACGUCGACUCUGUGGACGUCGCCACAAGAGUGGCAAUGGUGAGGUUCUUCAACUCUCCAAAUGUGCUGCAAGGGUUCCAGAUGCACACCCGCACGCUGCGUCUCUUCCCCCGGCCCGUGGUGGCGUUCCAGGCCACGUCUUUCCUAGCCUCACGUCCACGGAGAAAUGGAUUCAUUGAGAAGCUCUCUCACACUCAGGCAGUGGAGUACUAUGGAGAGUGGGCUCUCAACCCCACCAACCUGGCUUUCCAAAGGAUUCAUAACAAUGUGUACGACCCGUCUUUAAUAGGCGAUAAGCCUAAGUGGUAUGCCCACCAGUUACAGCCGGUGUUUUAUCGUGUGUAUGAUGGAAACUCGCAUCUGGCGGAGGCAUUGAGUGGACCACUGCAGGAUGAGACGAAUGAUUCAGAUCCUACAGAUGACAGUGGUAGUGACAGUGAAGGAUAUGAUGACUCCAGUUCUUCCUACUCUUCUCUCGGAGACUUUGUGAAUGAAAUGAUCAAAGGAGACAUUCAGGGGGACACUCCAAAUGUUGACCCCCUGACUCAUGCUGCACUGGGAGAUGCUAAUGAGGUGGAGAUCCAUGACUUCCAGGAGUUUAAAGGAGACAGUGGAGAACAGGAGCCGGAUCCAGAAGGCCCUCCAGAGGCCUUAGAUGGCCAGCCGCUCCGAUCGAGUUCCAGCACAACAGCCAGUUCCAGCCCCAGUACAGUCAUACAGGGGGUCAACCAUGUAAGUACAGAACAGAAAGAACCUGUUGAGAUUGAGGCGUCGGCUAACGUUGCUCUCCAGAACUCUGCUCACGGAUUGGGUGUACCUUCUACAAGACCCGCCCCUGAGCCAGUCCCUGUAGAUCCAGCCAAUAAGAAGCGCGAGUAUGAUAACCCUUAUUUCGAGCCCCAGUAUGGCUUUCCUACAGAGGAUGAUGCAGACGCAGACGAGCCGGAGGAAAGUUACACACCGCGAUUCAACCAGAAUCUCAACGGCAACAAACCAUCUCGGCCUUUGAGACCCAGCAGUCUGAAGCUUCCGGGUGAAUCAGAUGGAGAGGGAGAUUCCAGAAAUAGCUCUCCUAACUCCACCAUUUCCAACAACAGCAGCGAUGGCUUCGGGGGACUCAUGUCCUUCGCCAGUAACUUGUAUAAAAACCACGGCACCAGCUUCAGUCUGUCCAGUCUGGCUUUGCCUAAUAAAGCGAGAGAGAAGAACACACCCUUCCCCAGCCUCAAAGUAUUUGGGCUAAAUUCACUUAUGGAGAUUGUAACAGAGAUCGGCCCGGGGAGCGGAGAAGGUGCCCGAGCUCCCAGAGCGCUGGUAGAUCAGAAAUCCUCUGUUAUAAAGCACAGUCCUACUGUCAAGAGAGAGUCUCCAUCUCCUCAGGGCAGAGCCAACAACACUAGUGAAAACCAGCAGUUUUUGAAAGAGGUGGUCCAGAGCGUGCUCGAUGGGCAAGGUGUGGGCUGGUUGAACAUGAAGAAGGUACGCCGCCUACUAGAGAACGAACAGCUGCGCGUUUUUGUGCUCAGCAAACUUAACCGCGCUAUCCAAUCGGAGGAAGAUGCUCAGCAGGAAAUUAUAAGAGAUGUGGAGAUCAACAGAAAGGUUUAUAAAGGCAUGUUGGACCUUUUGAAGUGCACAGUGUCAAGUCUGGAGAAUUCCUACACUAAUGCUGGGCUGGGAGGCAUGGCCAGUGUGUUCAGCCUGCUGGAAAUAGCAUGGACCCAUUACCAAACCAAAGAUCCAGAGAAGCGGAAACGGAGCCCCACAGACGGGGUGAGCAGCCCAGGCAGUAAGGAGAGCCCGUCGGGCCGAAUAGAGAGCGCCAGGGCAGCAGGCGUGCUACUGGUUCCCCGUAUCCAGUUGCCACCCCCCUCCUCUGGGAAAACAUUGAUGCUGUUUGAUACGCGGAGUCUGAACGAGGAGAAUUUUAUUGCCUCCAUUGAAUUGUGGAGCAAGCACCAGGAUAACAGAAAGCAAAAAGCUUUGGAAAAAGAACAGAGGGCUGAUGGAUCAAAACAGCGUGUGGAAGGUGGUGACACAGAGGAGAAGAAAUCUCAGAUCAGUGCUGACAGUGGCCUCAGUGUGACCUCUGGCUCGCAGAAAAGUGACACCGAGUCCCUGGCGAGCUCAGAGCCUCCUGCUCUCACUAGAAGCACCAGCCAGGACUCCGAGGCCAGCACAGUGGUGAGUAACAGCUCAGGUGAGACGCUGGGUGCGGACAGUGACCUGAGCAGCACUGCUGGAGACGGCCUGACGGGGAGACACGCUGCCCAUCUCAACCUGUCCCGCGGCACACUGUCUGACAGUGAGAUUGAGACCAACCCGGCAACCAGCUCUGUCUUCGGCAAGACCCAUAAGCUGAAGCCAGGAGUGAAGGAGCCUGUGGGUAUUAAUAAGGGAACACCAGUUCCACCCCUUGAGGACGUCAGCAUGAGAAUCUAUUUGUGUGAGGGGCUGCUGGGGCGAGAUAAGAGCUCGGUUUGGGAUCAACUGGAGGAUGCUGCCAUGGAAACCUUUUCUCUGAGUAAGGAGCGCUCUACACUCUGGGACCAAAUGCAGUUUUGGGAAGAUGCCUUCCUGGAUGCUGUAAUGUUAGAAAGGGAAGGCAUGGGGAUGGAUCAGGGACCACAUGAAAUGAUUGACAGGUAUCUGUCUCUGGGAGAUCAUGACCGCAAGAGACUGGAGGAUGAUGAGGACAGAUUACUGGCCACUCUUCUGCACAACAUGGUUGCUUACAUGCUUAUGAUGAAGGUCAGUAAGAAUGACAUCAGGAAGAAAGUUCGGCGUCUAAUGGGGAAAUCUCACAUUGGCCUCACACAUAGCCAGGAGAUCAAUGAACUCCUAGACCGUCUUGCACAUUUGAGUGGUCGAGAACUUUCCAUCAGGCCGAGUGGCAGCCGGCACAUAAAGAAGCAGACGUUUGUUGUGCAUGCUGGGACUGAUACCACCGGCGACAUAUUUUUCAUGGAGGUGUGUGAUGACUGCAUUGUCCUGCGCAGUAACAUUGGCACGGUCUAUGAGCGCUGGUGGUAUGAGAAGCUCAUAAAUAUGACCUACUGCCCUAAGACCAAAGUAUUGUGUCUGUGGAGGAGGAACGGCCAAGAGACACAGCUUAACAAGUUUUACACCAAGAAGUGUCGAGAACUCUACUAUUGUGUUAAAGACAGUAUGGAGCGUGCUGCCGCACGACAACAAAGCAUCAAACCAGGUCCAGAGCUGGGAGGAGAGUUUCCAGUUCAGGAUAUGAAGACAGGGGAGGGUGGUCUCCUUCAGGUCACAUUGGAAGGAAUCAACCUCAAAUUUAUGCACAGCCAGGUUUUCAUAGAGCUGAGUCACAUUAAAAAGUGCAAUACAGUGAAAGGAGUCUUUGUCCUGGAGGAGUUUGUUCCUGAAACUAAAGAAGUGGUGAUCCACAAAUACAAGACUCCUAUGGCACAUCAGAUCUGUUACUCGGUGCUCUGUCUCUUCUCCUACAUGGCGGCAGUCAAGGGGAAGGAGGCAGAGGGCAAACCCAAGAUGCUGUCUCCUCGUCCACUACCAAGCUAGUAGAGCACACGUCUCCUACAUUCACUUCAACCUGCUCCUAAAAUGCCUGCAAUACACCAUGACCCUGACUACUUUACCAAGCUCCUUUUGAAGACCCUUGCUCCAAUACUGAUUCUCUCUUAGAUUUGAUCACAUGCCUGAUAUAACGCUCCAUCUCUAGUAUUGUGGGUUCUCAUUUUCAUAAUAUGGACAUCUGCCAGUACAAGAUAUGACUACUAUAGGUUGAUGUUGACUUGUUACAUGAUUUUUAAAAAUUAUUUAUUCGACCAGAGCCAUUGCAUGCAGUUCCCUUGCGCAGCUCUUGUGAGUUGGCUGUGGCAUGCAGAGAAUCAGGUAAAUGUGUUGAGCCCCACCCUGCUCACUCGCCCCCUCUCCCUCUCCUCUGAAACCAGUUCACAGUAAUAUUUAUGUGCUAAAUUGUACCGUGAGCUCCAGUCUGUUAUGUCUGUGGUGGAUGAAAUGUUCUAAGUCUUUGCAUACGCUGCCACGUAUGAGGGGUUUUGCCUUAACCGCCCGCAACGGGGCAGCUGUUUCAUUCGUAAAUGUUCCAUUUGCCCUUCUUCACCUGCUGUAAGUGGUCUACGGUCUGUAUAUCUCUUUAGCUCUGCCACGUGAAACUCAAACUACUGUACUCGCUGUAAAGAUCCCUGUCUGUGAACUGCUGUGUUGAAAUGCAUGUCACUUUAAGAAACAAAAAAUGAAUAUUUAAAAAAAGAGAUAAAAUAAUGUACAUCUUACUGAAGCAAUGUUGAAAUAAUGUCAAAAAUGUUAAGAUGCUGUAGUUUGUUUUCUAGAUGUGCAAUACUAUCAAUAGUGGGGACUUAGAACAAGUCCAGUCAUUCCUUCAGAGUUCCACGGUCCUCCAGAGCUCAUGAUAUGGAAAUCAGAGAGUAACAGUGGAUUAGGAAUCAGUUCUGUUUUCUGGACGUUCUUGUUUUGGAAAAACAAUGAAACUAGAAAACGGCUGCAUUUGGAGAUCGUUCGGUUACGAUGAGAAAGCCAAAGGUCCUGCUACUGAAACGCUGAUGAGGCAAGACGUUGUCUAUUCCAAAACGUUCUAUUUAAAGUGUCUCUUCCUGCUUGUGUGUGCGUGUGCUUGUGUUAGAAAGACGACGAGAGAGUGUGUCUGUCACGAAAUACAGAUGAUUUCGACCAUCUCUUCAUGACUACUAGCUGGAGGGAUAUACUGUAUAUUUUAAUGUUCUUUUAUGUUUUGCUUACAUUUUUAAUAGAUGUACCGUACAUGAGUGCUCACUACAGAGUGUGGCGUUCCAUUUAAUUCAGUUGUAUGCAGACUGAAAACGGACUGGAUAAGCCAGUUGACUAUGGGUAUAGAGUUGUAAAUAGCACAAAACUGAUGUUCAGGGUCCGGGUCCUCUAAAAACAGAUGUUGUGAAAACAGUGGAUCAGGUGUGUAGUUAAGUGUGUGAGAGAGAUCGAGUUGCACACUCAUUUUAGUCUGUGUAUUGUCUGGAACCAGAAGAAAUCAAGAUAUUGGAUGUAAAUAUUUAAAAAAAGUAUUUAUAGAACCUGUACAGCUUUGGCAAUAUGAAAAUAAAAGAUGUCCAACCCAAAUGUGUUGUAGAUAAUUUGGG